GAUAACCUUUACAUCGCCGCCCCCCGCCGACGCCGCUACCACGCAGAGGCGUGCGCGGACCAUCUGCGACCCAUGGCCCAGUGCGAACGAACGAAGAAACGAGCGACCCGUGAGCGAUUAUCACGUCGAGCAGGCAGGACACAUACAUACGCACGUACACACGCACAUACGUACUGCAGGAAGGAUGAUGUCUAUUUUCAUGCGCAGUCUUGUCUGUCUGUCGGCUCGGUUAAGAGUUUUGCUUGCACUUGCUUGCUUACUCGCUCGCUCGCUGCAGGAACACCCGUUCAAAGCAUAGCAGCAGGCAGGCAGGCACACAUCUCCGUUCGUUUGUUCGUUUCUAUGGCCUGUGGCUUGCGGCCUGCGGCGCGCGGCUUCUUCCGCAGGCCUGUCGGUCGGUCGACGUUGACGUUGGCGGCGUUGGCGUUCGCGUUGGCGUCUUCGAAGUUCAAGCGAAGGGCUUGGAUGGGGCGCUGGGCGGACAUAGGGCUAGCUACGGUAUGGUAUGGUAUGGUAUGGUAUGGUAUGGUAGGUGUUUACGACCGACUGCUCCGCUGCGAUCGACAUUGCACUCACUCACGCCGCGCCCAGCACCCCGGGGGAAAUGUCUGUGUGUCCGUCCGAAGUUGGGGGCGACAUAGGCACUCUAGAUACCUAGAGUAUUGUCAUGCUCGGAAAUAAGUCCUGACAGACGCCGCCCCUUGCGAGGAUGGAUGGAUGGAGGGAGGGAGAAGUCGCGUCCAAGGCCGGGCACCGACGCACCGACAC